AUGGAUCCAUCAAUGUUUGUUACUUACUCACCGCAGGCGAAUGUCGUCCCGUUGGAGUCCAAGCUUGCUACUUAUAUGAACCGCCAAAGCCCAGCUACGACACUUAAUGCCAAUGUUGUGACGAAACAUCUGUCUAACUUGUCUCUGGAGUCGAGUAAAAAAGCUACAGCGAGUCCAGAGUUUUUGCCAGGACGUGGGUUAGCUGGUAGCACCAGCAGCUCACCGAAUCUUUUUGCUAAUUCAUAUCAUUCCCAGGAGAAUGUCGGAGGAACGACGUAUUUUUAUGUUAAUAAUACUGCUGACAAUGUUGCUGAUGAUGGAAAUGAAGUCAUCGGCAACAGUCAGGUAGGAUAUGUUUAUCCAAAUACACCAGGACACCUUCAAGCAACGAAACCAAUAAAAGUACCAGCAGCAAACAGUACAUCAGCACCGUCCACGCCACCACCUCCCCAAGUAAAUUCGAGUUUUUUUAUGAGCACCAAUCUACGUAUGGAUAUCCUCCAAAAAAAUUCGCUGACGUUAAGCCAACCCGAUCCAGCACAAUUUCCCGACUUGCCAACGGAGGUUGAUAAUUACCACGAACUUUGUCCAUUGGAGCCGAUUCAUAAACCUGCUUCAACUGUGUUGGGGUACCAAACUUCUACCUAUAAAGCUACUAGCUUGAAAAAUGGAGUUCGUUAUUGUCUACGUCGUGUCCAUGAUUUUCGACUUGGCAAUACAAAAUGUAUGGUACUAGUAGACAUGUGGAAGCGCAUAUCUCACACAAACGUGGUUCAACUUCUCGAAGUUUUUACAACAAAAGCAUUUGGCGAUAAUUGUGAGUAUAAAAAACCUAUCGUAUUUGUGUACGACUAUCAUCCUGGCGCCGAGACACUUCUCAGCAAACAUUUCUCAGGGACAGAGUUAAACGGAUACGCUGAUCCGUUCUGUUCGGACCCUAAUGCCCCACGGCCAUACAGUCAUACGAAAAAUACAAUAUUACGGCAACAACACUCCAGCAUGCUCCCGGAGAGCGUUAUUUGGAGUUAUAUAAUACAACUAACUGCUGCAUUACGAGUUAUACAUUCUGGUGGAGUAGCGUAUCGAUGUUUAGAUCCAACAAAAGUUUUACUGACAUCACGAAAUCGUUUGCGUUUAAGUUGCGCAGCAGUACCCGAUGUCGUGACAUUCGACGGUAACGCAGCGAACCCAUUGUCGCUUAUUCUUCAUUAUCAGCAAGAAGAUCUUAUUGCUCUUGGAAAAUUGGUAUUAGCAUUAGCAUGCCGCAGUUUAUUGGCCGUCCAUCGUGAUAAUAUUCAAGCAUAUUUGCUGUCAGAUCAAGCACGAAAAAGUGUAACGGAUCUAAUGCCGAUGAUCGGAGCACGUUUUUACACUCAAUUGGACGCUGUCCAGCAGCGCGCUGACGUCCAUGAGAACGAGCUGGCUAAAGAGCUCGAGAAUGGUCGGCUGUUCAGGUUACUGGUGAAACUCGCGACUAUCAACGAAAGGCCAGAGCUUAAUAUGGAAUUAACAUGGGCCGAGACUGGCGAUCGGUAUAUGUUGAAGUUAUUUAGAGACUACGUUUUUCACCAAGUCACCCCUAACGAUCGUCCCUGGCUUGAUAUGGCACACGUCAUUUGUCUAAUGUCGCGUGACGAGCAAAGUGUAUUGGUUGUAAGUUACGCCGAGCUGAGACAAUGCUUGGAGAAUUCAUUCGAUGAGCUCGUUCAAGCCGCUAAAGAUGCCGUCGUCUAA